AAGGAGAAGCAAACCAAUAAGGAGAGACAGAAGGAGACAGCAGAUACACAGCGAGGGGCAGACAGACCACUCAAUAACAGGAGCAGGAUCCCUUUAAGGUGGCGAAUCUAACAGGAUAUCCGAGGUGUGGGCAAUAUGGCGGAUAAUGAAGAUUAUCAGUGUCUGGUCUCUGGUGUUGGUUCUCUGAGUUUCACUGGGGAGGCGGUUCCGUGCAAGCUGCUGCUGAGAGAACCUUCUGCAUUCCCUGUGCUGGUGUCUCCCAGAAAAGACGUUCUCAUCGCUGCCUCUCUCUAUGGAAAAGGGAAGGUAGUGGUUAUGGCCCAUGAGGAAUAUCUCAACAGGGAAAGCUUCAUGGACUUUUUGAAAAAUGCUGUACCUUGGCUGAAUCCAGAUCCAAACGUCAACAUUGGGGUACAUAAUACAUUACCCGUUUUAUCCAAUAAUCUCUCUGCCUCCAGGUACAACGUCCAAAACACUUCCACCCUGAUUCAGGGCCUGGGCGUGUUCUGUACUACUGGAUAUGAUGACCACCAAGCUGAGGAGAUCAUCUCAUUUGUGCGAGAGGGAGGAGGCCUGCUGAUUGGGGCUCAGGCUUGGCACUGGUCCACCACCCAUAAAGAGAAUGUUCUAAUCUAUUUCCCGGGGAACAAAAUCAUAUCUGUUUGUGGGAUACACUUCACCAGUGACUACGGAGAGAAAGGAGAUUUCCUUGUUACUGAAGAUAUGCCACAGGUUCCACUUUACACAGAUUACCACUACCUUGUCCGUGGUGUUGGUUCUCUGAGUUUCACUGGGGAGGCGGUUCCGUGCAAGCUGCUGCUGAGAGGACCCUCUGCAUUCCCUGUGGUUGUGUCUCCCAGAAAAGAUGUUCUCAUCGCUGCCUCUCACUAUGGAAAAGGGAAGGUAGUGGUUAUGGCCCAUGAGGAAUAUCUCAACAGGGAAAGCUUCAUGGACUUUUUGAAAAAUGCUGUAUCUUGGCUGAAUCCAAAUCCAAAUGUCAACAUUGGGGUACAUAAUACAUUACCCAUUUUAUCCAAUUAUCUCUCUGCCUCAGGGUACAAAGUCCAAAACACUUCCACCCUGAUUCAGGGCCUGGGCGUGUUCUGUACUACUGGAUAUGAUGACCACCAAGCUGAGGAGAUCAUCUCAUUUGUGCGAGAGGGAGGAGGCCUGCUGAUUGGGGCUCAGGCUUGGCACUGGUCCACCACCCAUAAAGAGAAUGUUCUGUACCAUUUCCCGGGGAACAAAAUCAUAUCUGUUUGUGGGAUACAAUUCACCAGUGAGUACGGAGAGAAGGGAGAUUUCUCUGUUACUGAAGAUAUGCCACAGGUUCCAGUGUGCACAGACCAAUAGGUCAAUACCUGUGUAUGAACGGAACAACAACCAGACAUCACGGCUCUUUUACAUCUCCUGAUAUUUUGCAUCUGCUCUGAUACAGCUUUCGGCUUGUCGCAAGAUAAUUCUAUGUUAUAAAUGAAUAAUUUGAUUGCAAAACAGCAAACAGUUGUUGGGUG